GCUGGAAUUGCGUGCUGUCUAUGGACAGAACGGACUCGAUGGACUUCGAUGAGCAUCUCGACGCCGCUGAAUGCCGCGUCUGUCGUGAAGAAGCGGACUCUCGGCGUCGGCUCUUCGCUCCAUGCAAAUGCAACGGGUCGAUUCGGCACAUCCACUCCGACUGCUUGAUUCAGUGGCUCAAUUUCUCCAAGCGCGAAACAUGCGACUUGUGCAGCCACGCGUUUACGUUUCGACAAGUCUACGCCCACGGAUGUCCUGAAGUGUUGCCGUUCCGCGACAUUCUCACUUCAUCCGUCAAGUUGAUCAGCCGUCACGCGCUUGAGUACAUCCGAAUGGGCGCGAUCCUGGUGAUGUGGGCUGCCGUGACCCCAUAUUGCCUCAGUUGGAUCUACCGUUUAUGGUUCCUUCGAUCACCGUCCAUGGCAUCCGUGCACUUUUUUGACCGCGUCCACUCUCUCGAACGGGUCGUGGAUGACAUCUUUUUUGGUCUGAUCUUGAUGAUGGUUGUUGUUUUGGCGGGAUUUUACGUGAUCUGCAUCGCGGAAGAUGUUCAGACCGAGUCCAACCGAUACCAUCGCGAUGCGUUGAUUGCGUCCGGCUGGCACAUAGACGAAGAAGCGGAGCCAGAAGGAGAAUCGGACGACGACCAGGAUGACUUCGACGACGUCGGUCCAUUUGUUGCAGAAGUAGGCGCGCCACGCCGCCGUAUUCGCCUCCGAGAAGCAGACAAUCUUCCAUUUGCCGCAGAGCCUCCUCAAGAUCCCGCCAAUCCGCCCCCCGCACCCCACGAACCUCAUCACGAUCAAGACCACCAGCAUCACGACCAUGCCCAAGGCCCCGAUGAAGUUGACUGGAUGUGGGAAGUCAUGGGUUUUCAAGCACCGUGGCCGGUUGUCCUACGCAAUGUCCUCUUCUUUCUCGUUUUGGCCUCUGGCUUCCUCGUCGUGUUUGUGUUUGCGCCGCAUGCUUUUGGGGCUCUGUACAAUGGCCGAGGUCUCCACUUGCCCCUGCCCUCCUCGCUUUUGGCAACUGCGCAAGAAGCCUUCGAUGCAGCCAAGGCCCGCGGCGACUGUCUUCAGUUCCUCGAUGUUGUUCGAUGCCUGUCGACGUACGUGUCAUGGGGGUCCGGUCUCCUCCUUUGGCGUGCAGUUCGGCCAUCUAUCAUCAGUCCCCACUUGGGGCCGUUCUUCGGACCCAUCUUCUGGGCCAUGUCGUGCAUGUGCGCCGCCGCCAAGGUCACGUCUCAUCUCGUCCUCAAAGUGUUCGUCCUGCCCGUCGUAAUUGGAACUGCCGUCGACGCCGCGACCCUGCCGCUCUUCCAAGCCGCAGCAAUGCAUCGACUGACGUUUGCACUUCACAAUAUGCUGGCAGCGUACGUGAUGCACUGGGUGCUCGGCAUGUCUUUCAUCCAUUUUGUGUCGGUGGCCGUGCUGCAGUUGAGAGAAGUGCUGCACCCGGACAUCCUCACAGGAAUCCUGCACCCGCAUGACCCGUACCAAUACCGAGUCAAAAACAUCUUGGCGGGGUCGAUGCCGCGGCAGUAUUGCGCCAUGGCGUUCGCCACACUCAAAUACAUUGCGUUCGUGCCAGUUCUCGUGUACCUUCCCGUUGUGACUGCCACGACGCUGCUCCCGUCCGGGUGGUUCCCGCUCGAGCUGCGCUUUCGUUACAUAUUCGCGCUGGUCCAAGUGCCGCUGGAGCUUGCAAUUGUCCACAUCAACGUGCAAGAUUCGCUGGACCACUUUGCCCCAAACAUUGGUGACCUGCAGACGCUGUGGAUGGCCACAAUGUGCCGGCAUUUGGGACUGGUCGAAUUCCUCCUGCCGCGCGUCCCAGCCCUCGUUCACGGGGACCCAGACGUGGUUUUAACGCUACCCGAUCUCGUGUUCGACCCGUUGGAUGACAACCAUCCCCACCACGGCCAUGAACCCGUGGUGUACGGCUACCGGCGCAAGGAAUGGCCAAAGAACGGUGCUGCCGACGCGUUGAAAAUGGAGUACACCCUGCUUCCACGAACUACGCCGCCUUUUGUGGCCGGACGACUUGCCGUUCUUGCUGUGUUGUGGUGGGGGACCAUGUUUGCUGCCAUCGCUGCAGUAACCAUCGGACCGCUCGUGGUUGGCCGAUGUGCCUCGGCCCUUCUCGAUCGGUACUUUGGAGGCGGCCAUGACUCGUUCAGUUUCGCAGCUGGGGUUGUGAUCUACUUUAUAGUGUUGUAUGCGGCGGAAGCGUGUGCUGCGCUGUCGAUUCCCCACAACGAGAUCGACCCCGAGCUUCGUCAACGCGGGUACGAAGUGCGCGGCAUGUCACGCCAUGGGCUAAUCCUCGCCGUGGGGCUGUACAUGGUGGGGUUGCCAUACCUGAUUGGAGUGCUUGUGUCGAUGUUGCUGCCGGCAUCGCCGUGGCCGAGCCUGCUCGAGUCGACGUGCUUCGGCGUCAUUGUGAUGCAGUUCUGCCUGUACUGGGCGUGCUGCCUUGUCCGAUGGGACGAAGGGAGUGUGCUGGACUCGCUGACCCUUGCGAUGAACCAAAUUCACUUCCACGUGAUGGCCAACUGCGCAGGGGUCGUCGACGAAGGCGAUCUCACACACAAGUGUUUGGACCUGGCAACGUUCAAAGCCAACGUCGUCUGGCCGCUCGUACACGUGGUUAGCGCGGGGCUUGUCGUGCCCCUCGUGUGCAGCUCCGUGUACCGGCACGCGUUCGACGGGAUGCUGCACGUGACCCAUGUCCAUGUGUUUCGCGCGGCAUUUGCGACCCAAGUCAUCGUUGGCCUCGUCGUGGUCGGCCAAACAUCCAAAGCUACCGCCAGGUGGCUCCAGGACCUGCACGACGCCAUUCGAGAUGACCUGUACUUGAUCGGACGCGAACUCACCGACUACGAGCAUCCCAAGCAGUGCUAGCUAGAACUCCUUUGUGUAUUUAAGCAUGUGAUCCUAAUGCAACCAUCGACCCGCGCACGCGGUGCCCGCAGAGGAUAUAUUGAAUUCAAC